GUCAAAAGUAGGAGGCGAUUCGAACUCGCUUCAGUCUUGGUUCGUCCGGGUUGACAAUUGGUGAUAUAUACCGGGCGUUUGCAUUAAAACGUACGUCGACGAAGCGCCGACCAAAUGAGGAGUUUAGUUUGUGUUAUCGCCGCUGCGGCGCUGACUGGCUUGGUGAGCGGACAACAGCUGAAAAACAACCAGGAGGACCCUUGCAACGUCAAAUCGCGGGUGAUCGCUGACACGACGUACUGCGACAGGUACUGGGAAUGCGUCAACGGCCAGCCGGAACUGUACGACUGUCCCAACGGCUUAGUUUUCGCCGGGAAGAACCGGGGAGUCACCGAAGGCUGCGACUACCCCUGGCGGUCCAACUACUGCGAGGGAAAACAGCAAGCGAACGCGCCUAUAGGAACCGAGCACUGCGACUGGCUGUACGGAAUCUUCGAGCACGAAACCUCGUGCACCCGGUAUUGGACUUGCUGGAACGGCACGGCAACUGAACAGCUUUGCAUCGGCGGUCUGCUGUACAACGACCGAACGCACGCCUGCGACUGGCCCGAGAAUGUAGACGGGUGUCAGAAACAUCCGCUUUGUAACGACGAUCCCAACGGCAACGUACCGCUGGGAAAAUCGUGCAACAGGUAUUGGCAGUGCCAGGGCGGAUACCCGAGGUUGCAAAGAUGUCCGGCCAUGUUGGUAUUCGACAGGAGAUCCUUGAGAUGCGUCGUACCGCCGACCGAAGAUUGCGACGUGCCGAGCACGCUACCCCCUCCGCCGUUCGAAGAGGAAGGCGAACAAAAUCUUCCGCAGAACAACCCCAAAAACAGGGGCGGCGAUUUUCCGAAUCUACCACCCGGAGCGAUCCCAGUUCCGGGCAAGGGAAACCGCGCUAAGAACUAACUUCCGGAACGUGGCAAAAUUAAUCACGAGGUCCGUAAAAGGUUUCGCAACCGAAUCUCCCGAGCAUCAUCAGGUCAUCAUUCUCUUUUUUUGUUACAUAAGUAACGUUAACUUAUUACGAUAUUAGUGCAUAAAUUAUCGUGCCUAGUAAGUCGCGUGAAAUUGUUCGACAUCGGACUUUCACUAAUUAGCGUCUCUUUCUUCCGCUAGCGCCAGUAUUCGUUCUUCGUUAUUUUUUCCCCUCAUUUCCCGUCGAUAUUAUUUUAUUUUA